CUCGCAGCCUGGGCGGCUCGCGGAGUUUCGGCUCCGCGCCGCUCGGCCUCGCGGCCGCGGCCAUGGCAGCCACGGCCAUGUGGGCCGCGGGCCGCGACGCCGUGCUCCGGCUGAGCGACCGGGGCCUGCGGAAGCCCGCCCUCUCCGCGGGCCGCGCGGGGGCGAUGCGGACUGCCGCGUGGGCCGCGGGCCGCGGCGCCGUGCUGCGGCUGAACGGCUUCGGCCUGCGCAGGCCCCUCCUCUCCGCUGGCCUCUGCGGCGCGGUCAAGGGGGCGGGGACGGACGCGGCCGUGCAGUGGUUCGAGGGCAGGGAGUUCAACUGGCGCCGGAACGGCUUCUUCCUGGCGUUCGGUACGGCGUACGUCGGCUGCGCCCAGUACGCGCUGUUCGUGAAGAUCUUCCCGCUCGUGCGGGUGCCCUUUCUGAAGCAGACCCGGUGGACGGAGACGUUCAGGAGCGUCUUUCUGGACGCUGUUGUGCACAUCCCGUUCAUCUACCUGCCGAUUUUCUACACUUCGCGGGAGUGGCUCGUACCUCGAGGAGUUUGUUGGCGAGAUGCUCGAGACAAGGGUCUCAGUACAUGGCGGAAAAACAUCGUUGAGGAUUGCAAAAUGAAUUUAGCAAUUUUUGGCCCAACGCAGACCUUCAACUUCUACGCGAAUCCGCCUCACUUGAGGGUGCCAUUCCAGGCACUCAUGGGUGUGAUGUGGGUUAUAUGUUUGAGUUUUUUUCGCGGAGACUCUGGCACAUAA